AGCUCUAGACCAACUUAAUACUGAACCCAUUACUUUUCCAAGAUCAGAAAAAUAUUACACUAACGAGAACCAUUUCUCCAUCUCAUUCAGAUAAGAAUUCAAGCUUUGACAUUGUAAACCACAGACGAAUUGGAGCCUGGCAUUGAAAAGAGGUGUUCUGCAACGAUUUUUUUCCUUGUCUAAAGAAGUUUACUUCUACAAGAGGGAAUCUGAAAAAUGACAGGGGCAAAGAGGGAAAAGAAAAGCGUGCUCUGGAGCAAGAUGCACGCCCCGCGUUGUGAGGACCUGAAACAGUGGUGUCGGAGGCGGCUACCUAUUUUGGAAUGGGCGCCACAUUAUAAUCUGAAAGAAAACUUGCUUCCAGACACUGUGUCUGGGAUAAUGUUGGCAGUUCAACAGGUGACACAAGGGUUGGCCUUUGCUAUUCUCUCAUCUGUGCACCCAGUCUUUGGUUUAUAUGGGUCUCUGUUUCCUGCCAUCAUUUACGCCAUAUUUGGAAUGGGACGUCAUGUUGCCACAGGCACCUUUGCCUUGACAUCCUUAAUAUCAGCCAAUGCAGUGGAACGGCUUGUCCCUCUGAGCAGCCAGAACCUCACCACACAGAGUAACACAAGUGUGCUGGGCUUGUCUGACUUUGAGAUGCAGAGGAUCGGUGUCGCUGCAGCCGUCUCCUUCUUGGGAGGUGUGAUUCAGGUGGCCAUGUUUGUGCUACAAAUAGGCAGCGCCACAUUCCUGCUCACAGAGCCUGUCAUCAGUGCAAUGACAACUGGGGCUGCCACCCACGUCGUGACUUCACAAGUCAAAUAUCUCUUGGGAAUGAAAAUGCCAUAUAUAUCUGGACCACUUGGAUUCUUUUACAUCUAUGCAUAUGUCUUUGAGAACAUCAAGUCUGUCCAAUUGGAGGCUCUGCUCCUAUCCUUGCUGAGCAUCGUGGUGCUUGUUCUGGUUAAAGAGCUGAAUGAACAGUUUAAAAGGAAAAUUAAAGUUGUUCUUCCUGUCGAUUUAGUUUUGAUCAUUGCUGCAUCAUUUGCUUGUUAUUGUACCAAUAUGGAAAACACGUAUGGAUUAGAAGUAGUUGGUCAUAUUCCAAAAGGAAUCCCUCCACCUAGAGCUCCCCCAAUGAACGUUCUCUCUGCAGUGAUCACUGAAGCUUUCGGAGUGGCACUUGUAGGCUACGUGGCCUCACUGGCUCUUGCUCAAGGGUCUGCCAAAAAAUUCAAAUAUUCAGUUGAUGACAACCAGGAGUUUUUGGCUCAUGGGCUCAGCAAUGUGAUUCCUUCAUUUUUCUUCUGCAUACCAAGUGCUGCCGCCAUGGGAAGGACCGCUGGCCUCUACAGCACCAAAGCCAAGACACAGGUGGCUUGUCUAAUAUCUUGCAUUUUUGUGCUGAUAGUCAUCUAUGCAAUAGGACCUUUGCUUUACUGGCUGCCCAUGUGUGUUCUUGCAAGUAUUAUUGUCGUGGGACUGAAGGGAAUGCUAAUACAGUUUCGUGAUUUAAAAAAAUAUUGGAAUGUGGAUAAAAUCGAUUGGGGCAUAUGGGUCAGUACAUAUAUAUUUACAAUAUGUUUUGCUGCCAAUGUAGGGCUGCUGUUUGGUGUUGUCUGUACCAUAGCUAUCGUGAUUGGUCGCUUCCCAAGAGCAAAGACUCUGCAUAUAAAAAACGUAAAAGAAAUAGAAUUUAAAGUGAAGACAGAAAUGGAUGGCGAAACCCUGCAGCAGGUGAAAAUUAUCUCAAUAAACAAUCCACUUGUUUUCCUGAAUGUGAAGAAGUUUCAUACCGAUCUAAUAAAUGUAAUCCAAAAGGAAAAUGCCAGCAACCAGUUACAGGAUGAUAUCAGCAAGUGUGAACAAAACACGUUGCUCAAUUCUCUAUCCAAUGGCAACUGCAAUGAAGAAGCUUCACAACCCUGCCCGAAUGGGAAGUGUUCUUUAAUCCUGGAUUGCAGUGGAUUGACCUUUUUUGACUAUUCUGGAGUCUCCAUGCUUGUUGAGGUUUACAUGGACUGUAAGAGCCAGAGUGUGGAUGUAUCAUUAGCCCAUUGCACAGCUUCCUUGAUAAAAGCAAUGAAGUACCGUGGAAACCUAGACUCAGAGAAACCAGUUUUUUUUGAAUCAAUAUCUGCUGCAAUAAGUAACAUCCAUUCAAAUAAGAAUCGGGGCAAACUCAGUGACCACAGUGAAGUCUGAGAGCCUCUUGCGGCAGCACAGCUCUUGUCUUGAGCAUCCGCCCUGAGGAAGCCACUCUCCAGCAUUUUGCACACCCUUUUUAGAUCCUACAGAUGACCUCCACCACAAGUGUGAUGUGACUUAGCAACCACCUAGCCACUGGUCAAGAUUUGUCAACAAGUUUUUCUAAUCUUUGUUAGUAAGCAGAUUCACUUAGCAGGUUAUUAUAUAGUUGUUUUAUAAAAAUCAGUAUGCAUGUAGUUUUAGUGUAC